GGAAGUGGGGCUGUGCGGCCCGGGGGUAGCUGGAGGAGUCGCCGAGCCGCGGCCACUCGCGGGAGUGGCGACUGGUGUUGCGGCGCCCGUGCUCCACAGGCUCAGGCUAUUUCUGAUGCUUGGAAGCCAUCCUUUCAGCCGUAAGGAUGGUAAUAAAUCUUUGCCUCCCACAGUUCAGACCAAGAAUUUACUGCAACAAGAUAUCAGCUGAUGGUUAUGAAGUAGAAAAUCUCAUCUCUGAAGACCUCACAAAGAGAAGUCAUGGUUUUAGGACAGAGUAUUUCAUUAAGCCACCAGUCUAUGUGACAGUUUCCUUUCCCUUCAAUGUGGAAAUCUGUAGGAUUAACAUAGACCUCACAGCUGGGGGAGGCCAGAAUGUCACUGGCCUGGAAAUGUAUACAUCUGCCUUGUCCAGCAGAGUGUCUUGGAAUACCCCCGAGUGCCAGACCCCAGGCCCAGAUGAGCCAUCCAUUCCGGAGAAAGAAGCGUUCACUUUGGUGGGCAAAGUCUUGUUGAAAAACCAGAGCCAAGUGGUGUUUAGCCACAGGGGCUUCAAAGCCAGGCCACCUUUUGGCCCGAUGGAAGCCACACUUCCCUCCCCUGCUGUUGUGGCCCAGGAGCUCUGGAAUAAAGGGGCUCUUUCUCUUAGUCAUGUGGCCCAUCUCAAGAUUUGUAUCACCCAUGUGACAGGCAGUGGUAUCCCUUGUAUCAAGCGGUUGGAAGUAUGGGGUCAGCCAGCCAAAACCUGCUCUCAGGAGGUGAUAGACAGUGUUUUGCUGGUUGCCUCAGAGAGCCUCCCUCAGGACUUGUCUCUACAGGCCCCAGCCUUGCCCAUGGAGAGUGACUGUGAUCCUGGGGGCCAGUCUGAGGGCCAGCAGGCCCCCUCCAGCCUCCUGGAGCUGGCUGAGGUAAUUCGGGAUGUACCUGAAGAGUUCCUGGAUCCCAUCACCCUGGAGAUCAUGCCUUACCCCAUGCUGCUGCCCUCAGGCAAGGUCAUUGACCAGAGCACGCUGGAGAAGUGUAACCGUAGUGAAGCCACAUGGGGCCGAGUGCCCAGUGACCCUUUCACAGGAGUAGCCUUUACUCCGCACUCCCAGCCCCUGCCUCACCCCUACUUGAAGGCCCGGAUCGACCAUUUCCUGCUCCAGCACUCCAUCCCUGGCUGCCACCUGCUUGGGAGAGCACAGACUGCAUUGGCAGUGACCCCUUCUUCCAUUGCUCUGCCCUCUCAGAAAAGGAAGAUGGAGCAGGGUGAACAUGCCCCAGACAGUAGCCUUGGCUUAAAUGCUUCCUGUUUUUCUACCACAAGCCUUCUGGUCUCACCCACUACCUCAGAACACACUGCUAAGAAAAUGAAAGCUGCCAGUGAGCUCAUGGAUUGUUCAACAGGUCCAGUAUCCCAUGAGCAAAAGCUGUCGCAAAGCUUGGAAAUUGCCUUGACGUCAACCCUUGGCUCCAUGCCCUCCUUCACAGCUCGGCUGACCAGGGGACAGCUCCAGCACCUCAGCACAAGAGGGAGCAAUACUUCCUGGAGGCCAGGCUCCAGCUCGGAGCAGCCUGGGAGCAUCCUGGGCCCCGAAUGCACAUCCUGCAAAAGAGUGUUCUCUCCCUACUUCAAAAAGGAGCCCGUGUACCAGCUUCCCUGUGGCCAUCUCCUGUGCCGGCCCUGCCUGGGUGAGAAGCAACGCUCCCUGCCCAUGACAUGCAUAGCCUGCCAGCGGCCAUUUGCCAGCCAGGACGUUCUGCGGGUUCACUUCUGAGUGACUAGCCUCAACCUGAGAAGACCCAUCGCUGGGAGGAGCUGAGGAGGAGCGAGUGGGGGGUCAAAGCUCCUGGGGUCUGGCCAGGUCCCAGGCACAGGGGGGCCUCUGCUUUCUCGCGGGCUUUCCCUUUGUCUCCUCCCACAGCAUAGCACAUGGGCCUGCGGUGUGAGGGGUCAGGGAAGGGGCUCUCCACGCCUGCUCAAGUGGCAAUAGGAUAACAAAGCCAUAGUUUGAGCUGGGAGGGAUGGGGGAGAUGUCCCUGCCCUCCUGUGCCUCCCUGCCAGCACCCCCCUGCCAGAGCCCAGGGCCUGCUAGAGCCAGCCCCACCCUCUGAGGCCCCCCAGGUCAUCUGCACACACCCCUCAGCCUAUAAGGUGGAUGUGAAUGUGGCUCGGGAUCUCAGAGAGAGCCUCCACCUUCAGUGUCACCCAAAAGUGGAGCAUGGCAAGGAUCUGUGGAGUAAAUGACUCAGCUCCUCUGACUGGCAAACCACUCCGAGCCUUAAUAAAGCAAUGGUUGAC